CUCUCAGAGCGAGUCCGGAAGUCAGUGUAGGCUAGUUUUUCGUGGCGGCUGAGGCCGCUUAAGGACUGAACGCCUCGCGGGGUCGGAGCUCUGGUCUCUAGAUUUCUGCUUUGGUCGCCUCUUAUUUCCCGUCUGGCGAUGGCGACGUACACCUGUAUCACCUGCCGGGUGGCCUUCCGCGACGCGGAGCUGCAGCGGGCCCACUACAAGACGGAUUGGCACCGCUACAACCUGAGGCGGAAAGUGGCGGACAUGGCCCCAGUCACCGCCGAGGGCUUCCAGGAGCGUGUGCGGGCGCAGCGGGCCGUGGCGGAGCAGGAGAGCAAGGGCACCGCCACCUACUGCACUGUCUGCAGUAAGAAGUUUGCCUCCUUCAACGCCUACGAGAACCACCUCAAGUCCCGGCGGCAUGUGGAGCUGGAGAAGAAGGCCGUGCAGGCCGUGAGCCGGAAGGUGGAGGUGAUGAAUGAGAAGAACUUGGAGAAGGGGCUGAGCGUGGACAGUGUAGACAAAGAUGCCGUGAACGUCGCCAUCCAGCAGGCCAUCAAGGCUCAGCCGUCCAUGUCCCCCAAGAAGACCUCCCCAGCGCUUAAGGAGGAGUCCAGGAGUCCCGCGGCGGUGGCUGAUGGAGGACGUGGGACUCUCGACAGAGACCCGGCGGAGAAACCUCCCCGGCUCCAGUGGUUUGAACAGCAGGCGAAGAAGCUGGCAAAGCGGCAGGGAGAGGAGGAGAGUGAGGAGGAAGAGGAGGACCUGGAUGAAGACGAUUGGGAAGAUAUUGAUUCUGAUGAAGAACUGGAAUGUGAGGAUGCUGAAGUGAUGGACGAGGUGGAGGGGCAGGAUGCAGAGGAGGAAGAGUCUGGGGGAAGCCCCCGCCUUGGUGCCAUCCCUGUAACGGACUGCUUAUUUUGUCCCCAUCAUUCAAGCUCCCUCGUGAAGAAUGUGGCUCAUAUGACUAAAGUUCACAGCUUCUUUAUUCCUGAUAUAGAAUAUCUUUCUGAUCUUAAGGGGCUGAUUAAAUAUUUGGGAGAAAAAGUUGGUGUUGGGAAGAUUUGCUUGUGGUGCAAUGAGAAAGGGAAAUCGUUCUACUCCACAGAAGCUGUACAGGCGCAUAUGAAUGACAAAAGCCACUGUAAGCUCUUCACAGAUGGUGAUGCUGCUUUGGAAUUUGCAGACUUCUAUGAUUUUAGGAGUAGCUACCCAGAUCACAGGGAAGGCGAAGACCCUGAUGAGGCCGAGGAGUUGCCUUCUGAAAAGAGUUUAGAGUAUGAUGACGAAACUAUGGAGCUAAUUCUACCUUCUGGUGCCAGAGUGGGUCAUCGCUCCUUGAUGAGAUACUACAAACAGCGCUUUGGCUUGUCAAGAGCUGUAGCAGUUGCCAAGAAUCAGAAGGCCGUGGGCCGGGUACUCCAGCAGUACAGAGCCCUGGGGUGGACUGGCAGCACAGGAGCAGCUCUUAUGCGUGAGCGGGACAUGCAGUAUGUCCAAAGGAUGAAAUCAAAGUGGAUGCUGAAGACAGGAAUGAAGAACAAUGCCACCAAGCAGAUGCACUUUAGGGUCCAAGUGAGAUUCUGAGGGUCUGCUGGGGAUUGAGUGAUCUGUCUCCUGCACAGGUGUCCUCCUUGCCUGAGGGCCACUGGGAGCUUUUUGCUGCUACUUCUCCCUGUAUUUCAUCUGUUCUGACCUAAUAAUAAAAGUCAGAAUCACA